AUGUCUGGCACUGGCACUGGCACACCGUCAGAGCUAGCUACAAGCGAAAUGCCGGUCUCCGAGCCCGAGGCGGAAGAACCAGAGGCUACGCCUGCUCCGAAAUUAUCUACGUUCCCUCCAUACCCGCCUUACGCCACGGAGGUAGUACCGCCGUCAGUGGCAGAGGCAAUCAUCGCUGGCCAUGGCCUGAGGCUGCAACACAAGUCCAUCCCACGCAAAUCUAUAAAACCUCCUCCGAAACCAGCUAGACCCAGGGGUCCCAAAGCAACGGAUGUGAAGAUGACAAAAACUGCAUUUCGAGCCCACGCCCGCUGUCUGCGCAAACAUGGUGCGAUCCUCACUGACCGUCUCGAGCGCAUGUCCAAGCCAACGCGACGCUCCAUCAUAUACUUGUGGCGGGAACACGCUAACACGCUACCUCCAGAAACGAUUGCUCGUCUCCGAUCAAUGUUAGACGCCGACGAACCAUUCAAACCAGAUCAGGCGUACGAAUAUUUUAUCAAUUUGAAAAAAACUCAGAAGAAAGCUGCUGCCACAUCACAAAUUAAUGAUAUUAAGAAAGAUAUGUUGGCUAUGGUCGGCGAAAAAAGGUUCGUUUGGGCAAAAAAUGCUACUGUGGCAUUUGCUAGGGGCAUUCAACAACGAUUAUCCAGGCCUGGGCGUUAUGCACUCGCUGAUGGAAUGCUAAGGUUGUCGAACAUUAUUAUGGAUGAAAUUUGUGGUUAUAUGCACAUGAAAACUCCUUCGAGGCGGAAUACGCAUCCAAAAGCAAAGUUCAUGAUGGAGAUAUCAGACAAGGUUGCAGUUUGGAUCGACGAAAUACUAUCAGAAUCAGAUGACAGGAUGCUAAUGAUGGACUUCGAUGAAGACGACGAAGUGGAAAGAUUCUACGAGGAUGAAGUAAGGCCCGCGGGGGAGCCUCAUGAGAAGGAUAAGUCACCGUUGAUUUUGACGCCGACUCCUACUGAGGGAGCUGCUACGCCGGACCCUACACUGGGGCCUCUACCUGGGGUGGUGCCGGGCGCCCCGACCUUAGAAGUGCCCCCAGGACUCUCGCUCCCACCCGCCGCCACCACGCCACAGUCAGUUACGCCACUAACAGCCUCAACCACACCUGGUGAUCAAACUCCAAUAAGUACCGCUACAUCGGCAGCUUCAGCUGCGGUAUCUGGUACCGACGUGAAAAAACCUUAG